UACUGUUUGAUAUUUCCAAAAUAUAACGUUUGGGGCAAAAUAAUCAGGGCCUUCUGCAGGUGGAUGCUUUGUAGCUUCAGGCUGCUGGAUGUCCGCCUGGUCUAAGUGCCCUUGCCCAGGCUGGAGAUGCCCCCGCUCGCUGAGGCACAUACAGGGUCCCAGUUGCCCCCGCACUCUCCCUCGAGGCGCUUUUGCUCGCAUCACUGGUCAGGAGUGAUAUUGGACACCCAACGAGAAGAAAGCACCUCCGAGAUUCCUAGAGAGGCUGGCCUGGCGACUUGGGGAGCCGGAAGCCCAUCCCCAGGCACUUCCUGUCCGGUCAUUGUUCUCGCGCCGGUAGGCGCCAGGGUCUUGGUGGCUUGCUUUCUGCUUCAGAACCCGCAAGCUCUGGCGGAGUAUCUCCGUAGCGCAUGAUGGUACUCAUCCUGGCCUUGGGAAGAAACUCAAGAAGUUUUUGAGACUUAAAGCUUAGAUGGGGUUGACUUCUGUUGGGCAACCCCUAGCUGUAGGAAUUCCCCUGCUGAGCAGAGAAGAUGACUGCAGAAUUGAGAGAGGCCAUGGCCUUGGCCCUUUGGGGCCCAGUGACAGUGAAAAAGGAGGAGGAAGAGGAAGAAAUCUUCAUGGGUCAGGCAUCCAGCCAGCAAGUGCACUCCGAGAACAUCAAAGUCUGGGCUUCUAGGGAGAAUCCUCAGACAGGCCUUGAUGUAUCAGAACAGGAGGAAAAGGGUCAAAACAUGUUCUGGGACAUGGCUUUAGUCCUGAAUCCAGCAAUGCAGGAGGCAUCUGCUGCUUCUACCCAAGGCAACUCCUCAUUACCGGGCACUCUGGCCAAAAGCGAGUUACGGGAGACUCAUGGGAACAUGACCUAUCUAGAUGCUGAAACCAAGAACCCACAGUUACUGGUUCCAAAAAUUGAGAUCUGUGAUGAAGCAGAAAAGUCCUUCAUAAUAUCAGGGAGAAUGGAGAAAGUUGACUCUCAAGGACCUGAGUUAGGAGAAGCCGGUGAAAAAGGGAACAUGUUAAAGAGGCAGAGAAUAAAGAGGGAAAAGAAAGGUCCCAGACAGGUGACAGUGAAGGACUGUCAGAUACCUGAUAACUUCAAAGAAGAGGAAGACCAGAAAUGUCACACAUCUGAAGAAAGAUACAGCCUUGGUUCUGGCUCUGUUAAAAAUCAGAAAAGCCAACCUGGGCAGAAACCUUUUACAUGUAGCGUGUGUGGGAAAGGCUUUAGUCAAAGUGCGAACCUCGUAGUGCAUCAGCGAAUCCACACUGGGGAGAAACCCUUCGAAUGUCAUGAGUGCGGGAAGGCCUUCAUUCAGAGUGCAAACCUUGUAGUGCAUCAGCGAAUCCACACCGGACAGAAACCCUAUGUUUGUUCAAAGUGUGGGAAAGCCUUCACUCAGAGUUCAAAUCUGACUGUACAUCAAAAAAUCCACUCCUUAGAAAAGACCUUCAAGUGCAGUGAAUGCGAGAAAGCCUUCAGUUACAGCUCCCAGCUUGCUCGGCACCAGAAGGUCCACAUCACAGAGAAAUGCUAUGAAUGUAAUGAGUGUGGGAAAACGUUCACUCGGAGCUCAAACCUCAUCGUCCACCAGAGGAUCCACACGGGGGAGAAGCCCUUUGCUUGUAAUGAUUGUGGCAAAGCCUUCACUCAGAGUGCAAAUCUGAUCGUGCACCAGCGAAGUCAUACUGGUGAGAAGCCAUACGAGUGCAAAGAGUGCGGAAAGGCCUUCAGCUGUUUUUCACACCUUAUUGUACACCAGAGAAUUCACACAGCAGAGAAGCCUUAUGACUGCAGUGAGUGCGGGAAGGCCUUCAGUCAGCUCUCCUGCCUGAUCGUGCACCAGAGGAUUCACAGCGGGGAUCUUCCGUAUGUGUGUAACGAGUGUGGGAAGGCCUUCACGUGCAGCUCAUACCUGCUUAUUCACCAGAGGAUCCAUAACGGGGAGAAGCCGUACACGUGCAACGAGUGCGGCAAGGCCUUCCGGCAAAGGUCAAGCCUCACGGUGCACCAGAGAACCCACACGGGGGAGAAGCCCUAUGAAUGUGCCAAGUGCGGCGCGGCCUUCAUCUCGAACUCACACCUCAUGCGGCAUCACAGAACCCAUCUGGUGGAGAGCACCUAGAGGCCGAGUAAGACCCCCGGGUGCUCUGCUGUUUUCCCCUCCUUUGUGG